AUUGAUUACUAUAAAACUACCAUUUUCUCAGUCUCACUCUCUCUCCCCUAUUUUCUCACUACUGUUUCUGUGGUUUCAAAGACCACCAUGAUGAGCCGCAACAUCUCCAAAGUCACCAGCUCUGCUCUCCGCUUCAGAAAGUUUACUCCUUUAUCCGUGGGGGUUGGAAAUGGGUCAAAUUCUGUCUCAAAAAAUGUUGAGGGUGAAGGUUUGUGUAGUAGUAGUAGUGGUAGUAGUCAGAUGAGUUGGAUAAAGAGGUAUGGGACUUGUAUUGCUAAACUGCCAGACGAUGUUACUAAGGAUGAUAAUCCUGUUUCACUCCUCCAUAACCCUUCUCUCGCACUCUUCAAGUCCUGUCUUCAUAGCUGGGGUGCUCGAACUCUUUUUCAGAAUAAAAACGAUAUGGAGGACAGUAAGAUAAAUACUGAUACCAAGAAGCACGACUCGUUCGGGAAAGAUGAUACCAUUGUUGAGUCUGAUGAUUCUGAUGUUGUGGAGCCUGAUAACGAGCCCCCACAAAAGGAUCAAGAAUCGCUUUCUACUCUGAAGGACGGGGAAGUUAUCGGUAUACACUCCAUCAGUGAGAUGGAGACAAAGUUAAAUGCUGCUUCAAAGACAUCUCGUCUCGCAAUCCUCUAUUUCACAGCAACAUGGUGCGGUCCAUGUCGUUUCAUAUCUCCUUUGUAUGUCAACUUAGCUGGUAAGUACCCGAAAAUUGUUUUCUUGAAAGUUGACAUAGACGAGGCAAGGGAUGUCGCUGAACGCUGGAACAUAAGUAGUGUUCCGACCUUUUUCUUCGUAAGGAACGGUAAAGAGAUAGACAUGGUGGUUGGUGCAGACAAAAAUGCACUCGAAAACAAGAUUGCCCAACACGCAGGCUCAUCAUAAGCUAAUCUUUGGACUUUUUUUUUAAUUGUCUUUGUACUCUGACUUUAAUGCUUAGCUUAAAGAAAAAUGGUUUACUACGGCUUGUUAAAUGACUUGCUGAAGUUGAGUCCAAAAUUCACAUGCAUACAUGUACAUGUUUAACUUAAAUAAUGUUUUGUUUUGGGUUGA